CGUAAAGAUGAGGUUCCACUUAGGGGUUGGUCUGACAGCUCUCGUUGGCCUGACAAGCGCCGUGUCCGUGAGCAAGCGCGAGGCCGGUCAAGGUACCGAGGAGCUCGUCUUCAAACACAUCACCUCACCCGUCUCGCAUACAGCCAACGUCGAUGCAUGCAACGGCUACUCCAUGUCGGAUGUCUCGACUUCCGAUCACGGUCUGACAGCCACACUCCAACUCAUUGGCGAGCCAUGCAAUGCUUACGGGAAUGACAUUGAGACGCUCACCCUCAAGGUCGGCUAUGAGACGGAGGAUAGGUUGCACGUCACCAUUGCCGACACAGAGGGCAAGCAAUACCAAGUACCUGAAGACGUUGUCCAACGACCAAAGCACUCGCGCGUCGAAAAGGGGAAGGCAAAACUUCGAUUCGAAUUCCAGGAGCAGCCGUUCUCUUUCAGGGUCCUGAGGGUUGAGGACGAAGAGGUCUUGUUCGACACACAGGACUCGAAGCUCAUUUUUGAGGACCAGUAUCUUCAUCUUGCCACAAAGAUCCCUGAAGAUGCCAACCUCUAUGGGUUGGGUCAACACAACGAUGCGUUCAAACUCGCGACGAACAACUAUACUCGUACUCUUUGGAACAGAGAUGCGUUUGGCAUCCCGCCGGGCUCGAAUGUCUAUGGUAGUCAUCCCAUUUACCAAGAGCAUCGUCGCUCGUCGUCAUCGGGUAAUUACUUGACUCACGGUGUCGCGCUACUUAAUUCGCAUGGAAUGAAGGUGGACGUCGACGACGGCAAGUUGAGCUACAAUGUUCUCGGAGGUGUCCUCGACCUCUACUUUUUUGCAGGACCGAAGCCGUCAAGGAUCACUGAGCAGCUUCACGAGGUCGUUGGACUGCCCGUUACGCCCCCUUACUGGGGUCUGGGCCUCCACCAGUGCAGGUACGGGUCGGGCGAUUGGAUUGAAAUCGCGCAGACGAUUGCCAAUUAUUCUGAGGCCGGAAUUCCAUUGGAGACGCAAUGGACCGACAUCGACUAUAUGGACAGAAGGGCGAUCUUCUCCACCAGCCCUUCGCUGUACCCUCGACAGCUUUUGAAGCAAGUCAUCGACGUUCUCCAUCACAACAAUCAGCACUACGUCGUCAUGGUGGACCCCGCGACAGCGGUACGGGACUAUGGAGCUUACGAUCGAGGAAAUGACCUUGACGUGUUUCUCAAGCGCCACGACGGUAGCGGUGCCGUUCAUCAGAACGUCGUGUGGCCAGGAAGGGCGGCAUACCCAGACUGGUUCCAUCCCAACACUUCGCAGUGGUGGGUGGACGAGUUCAAAACUUUCUUCAACAAAGACACGGGUGUCGACAUCGAUGCGCUCUGGAUCGAUAUGAACGAGCCGGCCGGCUUCCUGCCCUAUGUCGAAGCCAAUCCCGAUCGAAUUGCGCAGGAACAAGAUGCGCCUCCGAGGCCCCCAACCACACGUGCCUCGCCGUACGAGGUGCCAGGCUUCCCCGCUACAAGCCCAAAGACCAAGCGAGCUGGAGGCUGGGCUUUCGUCAACGAGAAGCUCCUCAAUGGUGACGGCUCCAUCAACCACGAUGGCGUCUCCAGCAACCUGUCCGACUUCACCGCUCGCACGGAUCUCACGCACUACGGAGGCAUUCGCGAGUAUGCAGUGCAUAAUCUCUACGGUCUGAUGAUGAGCAAGGCCUCGCGAGAAGCAAUGCUGGCUCGUAGGCCAAACAAAAAAGCCCUCAUCCUCACGAGGAGCACCUUCUUGGGCAGCGGUCGUUACACUUCCCACUGGCACGGGGACAAUCUCUCAACGUGGGACCACUAUCGUUGGGCGAUCCGUCUCAUGCUCGGCUAUUCGAUCUACGGCAUGCCCAUGAACGGAGGCGAUAUUUGCGGAUUCGGUGGCAACACGACCGAGACUCUAUGCGCACGAUGGGCGAUGGCAGCCAUCCUGCACCCUUUCUACCGUAACCACAACAACAUCGACGGCCGACCGCAGGAGUUCUACCGCUGGAACCUGACAACGCAGGCAGCAAAGCGCGCCAUGGACAUUCGCUACAGACUUCUGGACGCCUACUACACGGCAUUCCACCACGCUCAGACGAAGGGAACGCCCGUCGUCCAGCCACUUUUUUGGAACUUUGGUCAAGACGUGGAGACAUUCGGUGUUGAGACGCAGUACAUGGCGAUGGACAAGAUCCUUGUCUCACCCGUCACGGAUGAGAAUAGCACGUCUGUGCACAUGUACCUGCCCAAGGACACACAGUGGUACAAGUUCGAUAGCUGGACGCCUGUCCAAGGACAAGGUUGGACCGACAUCGAAAAUGUUGACUAUGACGAGGUGCCCAUGCAUCUCAUCGGCGGAAGCAUCUUGCCGCUGCGAAACGAAUCGGCCAUGACUACGAAAGACGUUCGUCAAAAGGACUUUGUCAUUAUCGUCGCGCCGGACGAUGAGGGCCAAGCUAAGGGAGACCUUUACAUUGACGAUGGCGAAAGCGAAGAGGUGGGCGAGCAGUUCACAUACAUCGAGAUGCACUUCAACGGACACCACCUCGUCGUUCAAGACGACGGCCACUACGAUGCAGCCUACCCAGUCAAGGUGGAUCGCAUCCUUUUCUUGAACCAAACCAAGCAGAGGCAGGUGAUCGGCACCGAUGGGGCCGAGACGAAUUACGACGAGGAGUCAAAGGUGCUCACGGUAACGCUGCAAUCAGAGCUCCGUCCAGGCACACGUAUCGAGCUGCAGUAG